CGAAGCCCAAUAUUGAUAAACAAGGAGUGGAAAAAAUCGUGAAAAAAGGAAAAUUCAUCAGGAAAAGCGUCAUGACAACUGUAGAAAAUUGUAUUUUUUGCCAAAUUGCCUCGAAACAAGCUCAGGAAACGACAAUUGAACAUGAAACCGACAAUAUUGUGAUAUUUAAGGAUAUUAGACCAGCAUCCGAUUUCCACUUUUUAGCAGUAACAAAAACGCAUAUACCUGAUCCGAAGCAUCUCACGGUCGACCACAAAGCGUUAAUUGAAGAAAUGCGGGAUUCCUUGAAGCUUGUGAUGGAACGUCAUUCAUCCAAUUUAGUAGAUAGUCUCUUCGGAUUCCACUGGCCGCCUUUUAACUCCGUCAAACAUCUUCACAUGCACGGGAUUCAUCCUGCAAGUACCAUGGGAUUCUUUAAAAGAAUGAUUUUUAAGCCCGAAAGCGUUUGGUUUAAGACAACGGAUUAUGUUCUCGCUAACCUUCCGCCAUCGAACGUUUCUUCCGAAAAUUCAACAAAUUGAAGAAAUUCGACAAUAAAAAUAAAAAUUGGUGAUUGAAAGUGAAUUAAAAUAAAAGUAAAUUUUCAUCU